GAAGCCGGUCUCAGAAGGGAGCCGCACCAUGAAGAACUCAAUUUUUGUCUGUGUUCUGUUCCUUUUUUUCCUGAAAAUGGCUGCUUCUGUCUCUUUGCAAGACUUCUGGGAUGCAGACCAAUGCCGACAGUUGAAGUUUACGCCUGAGAAAGAGUUUGACAACAAACGCCUCAAAAACCAUGUGAUCCGCAUUGUUGAAGUCAUGACGAUAAAUUUUUGUGAGAACAUGUGUUAUAUGGAACCCAACUGUGUCAGCAUUAAUAUUGAAAAACGAGUGGGUCUACACGGAGGAUACAGCUGUGAAUUGAAUAAUGUCACUCACGAAGGACACGAACUCGAACUGGAGAAGGAAGAAAAUUAUUUUUAUCAUGCAGCUGAGAGCGCUUGUGUUGAAAACCCUUGCAAAAAUAAUGCUACUUGUCAAAGCGGUUUUACCAACAAAGGAUAUCGCUGUUUGUGUACUGCUGGAUUCAGAGGUCAAGACUGUAAAAAAGAUGUUAAUGAGUGUACUGAGGAGUUACACAGCUGCAGUGCUGAUGCUGUGUGCACCAAUACCAAGGGAUCGUACAAUUGUACAUGUAACCCUGGAUAUUCUGGAGAUGGAAAAAUUUGUAAAGCUUCAUCAUGUAAGGAAGUUUACGAGAAAAAUGGAUUCAACACGAGUGGUGUGAAAAUUCUUCACUUCGGAUCAGGACCAAUAUCCAUUUUUUGUCACAUGGGAGAUUUCGGAUGUGGAAAUGGGGGCUGGACGCCGGUAAUGAAGAUUGAUGGGAAUAAGGAAACGUUUCACUAUGACUCUUUGUUUUGGAGCAACACGACCGAAUACAACAGUGCAGGAGGCAUGACUGGGUUUGACUCACAGGAGACAAAACUACCGAGCUACUGGAACACAUCCUUCUCCAAGAUCUGUCUCGGUAUGAGGAUCGGCCAAACGAUUAACUUUACUGUAAUUAACAAGCGGGCCGAAUCUCUUUACUCACUGAUUGCAGACGGUCAAUACCGCCAAACCUCACUAGGGCGUGAUACAUGGAAGAAGCUGGUUGGUUCAAAAGCCUCCUUGCAGACCAAUUGUAAUAAGGAAGGGUUUAAUUUGUACAGCUCGCCUACACAUUCCAAAGCAAAGAUCGGUAUUAUUAGUAACGAGCAAAACGACUGCGAAAGCUGUGAUUCCAGGAUCGGUUUUGGGACAGGAGGUUACCCUAACAAUUCAAAUACGUGUGGAAACGUAGCCAAACACCAUCAAGAUAAUGGGGACAGAGACAUCAAGGCAAUGGGAUAUAUCUUGGUACACUGACAAUUGAGCAAUGUCGAUCAUUAAGCUGGAUAACUUUAACAUAAUUUCGCUACCUGACACAGCAAGUUAAAAGUUUAUAUAUUAAUACUUCGGUACGAUAACAAACUACGUGAUCUGAUGUAGUAUUGAAUGACAUGCAGUUAUACAAAUCGUAUCGUAAGAGGCCGUAAAUUUUCAUACUUUUUAUUUGGAAAAUAUUAAAUCGUAAAGGAUAAAAGUGUUUGGCACAUUCCUAUCGUCAUAUAAGCAUCCGCUGUCAAUCAAAAGAAGUCUCAGCAUUACGGUGUUUGUGCUGGGUGUAAAAAAUAAAAAAGAAUAAAACACAAACAAAUAGUUAAGAAAAAUAACACAAGCCAAUCAAGUCAGCCCUCUGAACUAUGCCGUGACAAAGCAAGUUUUACUUAUGAUUGUAGAACUUGCGUGCAAACGAGAUAAAGCGUACAACUUAUACUAGAGGGUCUCAUGAGGUGAUGGCUUUAAUUUACUGUCAAUGGUUAAGUGUUUUUGGCCAAUUUACGGCUAACGGUUGAUAUCUUUCCAUUGUGGUGACCAGAAAAAUUUUCAUGGUUCAUUUUUUUUCUACGACUUACAAGUAAAGUUUGUCAAUUUUUACGCCUAACGGCUUCACUUUUAGCCGUUUUACAGCUAACGAUUAACCCCAUUAACCCUCAUAUCAGACCCAUGGAAUAAGUUUGGUGUAGUAAAAACCAAAACAGCAAGAUUUCCGAGAAUUGUUACGAUUAUUAGCGUUGAAAAACGACUGCAAAGAGAAAUGACGAGUAUUCACAUCUAGCCUCGUGGUACCACAGGUGACCCAAGCCUACUGUGUGUGGUUUUGGGUUUUAAAGGUUAUUGAUACGAAUUGAAUACCUAAUAUGCUGUGUAUAUUAACUGGAAGUAGCACAAACCAAUUUCUCCUCGGUAUCAAAUCUAUCCUUUGUUCAUUGGUGUUAAAUUGUAUUCUGGUUCACUGCAGUCGAUUUUCCCCGGCUGAACCGCUCCACAAAAAUUAAUGAUAAUAAUAAUGAUAAUGAUAAUAGUAUGUUUAACAUCAACAUUUUCACAAAUACAUGAAUUGUGAUGUUGUUACAUCAAAUUUUAAAACUGGAGAUAAUUUAAAAAAUAAAAAUGUAUAAAUGCUAUUAUAAUUAAACUAUAUAAUAUACUAUUGAUUAUUACAAGAUAAAAUUAUGCUUGGAAAAAAAUACGACGUAAUCUUUUAGUUCUACGUCUUUGUAUUUUAUCGUUCUUUGCGUUUUUUGUUUGGUAAUGGUGCACGGACACCCAUGUCUCUAGGAGAUGUUUGGAAAGUGGCUCCCCUCCUGACAAUCUCUUCAGUUUGUGGCGCUUUGAUUGGUUUAUCGCACUUUUUGACGGUUUUCAUGAAAAUCAGGGACUUGAUAACAACACGAGAUUAAGUUUAUCAUUCUCUCUGACAAACUUCACUCACAUUUAUGUCGU